AUGGAGACCGAUAUGAUCAUGAUACUCUGGAUGACUGCAAGCUGUGCUUUGGUUGCCUUGUUGAUUUCUUUUUCCACAGUGUACUAUUGGAGGCCUGCACAAAUAGUCAAGCUCCUGAUAUGGUCUAUGUUUAAACUCAGACGUGCGAAAGUAAAAUAUUUCGAGCAUGAGGGCUACAAGUUCUGUUACUUCAGCCGUGGGAAACCAGGACCCCAGCCAUCUAUACUGAUGUUUCAUGGGUUCUCACUUGCCAAAGACAUGUGGUUACCUAUAAUGAAAUAUGUUCCUAAGGACAUCCACGUGAUUUGUGUGGAUCUGCCUGGGCAUGGGGGAACAAGUCGCUUGCCAGAAGAAAGCUACACAGGCAUUGAGCAGGCUAAGCGGAUGCACCAGUUUGUUGAGUACUCUGGUCUGAACAAGAAGCCUUUCCACCUGGUUGGCAUCUCCAUGGGUGGAAUGGUUGCUGGCCUUUAUGCCGCUCUUUAUCCAUCGGACAUCCACUGUUUGUCCCUCCUCUGUCCAGCUGGUCUAAGAUAUCCGACAGAUAAUGACUUUGUGAAGCGUUUGAAGGAGAUGGAGAAACGCAAGGAUUUCACAGCCAUCCCACUCAUUCCUGUGACUAUAAAGCAGUCAGAAGAAAUGUUCAAACUUACUCUCUACCAUUCCCAGAAAAACACAAGUAAACAGCUGUUGCAGGGAUUUCUUGACUAUCGGAAACCACAUGUCCCUUUUUUCACUAAAUGUUUUUUAGAUUUCUCAAGCAUGGAAUCCAGGCAUAGCCUUCAAGACCACAUAAGCAAGAUAACAGCUCCGACACAGGUUAUUUGGGGGAAACACGACCAGGUGCUUGACCCAAUAGGUGGAAAAAUUUUUGCCGAUGCCAUACCUAGCUGCCAAGUGCAUAUGCUGGAAAAAUGUGGACAUUUUAUUGUAGUAGACAGACCAAAGAAAUCCAUAAAGCUAAUCUUGGAAUUCCAUGCUUCAGCUUGUGGCAUAAAGAAGAAUAAGUAGGUCUGAACUUCAUUCAGAAGUCAAGCAGCUGGAGUAUUCAACAUCUCUUUCUACCCCGGAAAGAAAAAUAUAGAAGUAUCAUGAUGGAGUGAGCAAUAGCCAUCCUUUAUUUAGAAGCUGGUGGGGU